AGCGGGGAGUCAGCAGCCUACUCUUCACCCAGCAGCCACCUGAAAACAGGAUCUCAGCCUCCAGGAGACAAGGUGUGAAUGAUUCUCCAUGGGAAGGGAAGGUUCUGGAUUCCAGCUGUGGUUCCCUAGCCUCCCGUGACAACUCAGCCUCUCAUCCCUUCUGGAACAGUGGGUGUAUCCUGAACUCUAAACUCACCUCUUUGAUCUAUUUCUUCUAUCAAAUAUUUACCAGUCAUGGAUCCAGAAGAGUCCAUCCCUGAUGAACACCUGCUCCAAGGAGAAGAGAGGCAGGAGCUCCAUGAGAUGCUGAGAGAAGUGGGAUUGGAUGCUGCGUACUGGUUGCCCAAACUACAAGAACAGAUGGGUGUGACCUGUGUCCAAGCCUUACAAUACUUAGAAGAAAAGGACUUUCAGGAGCUGAAAUCCCAGGCACAACAUCCUUGGGAAAAACGGGCCCUAGGAAAACUUCUUAAAGUGUCACACUCAAAUACUCUUUCCAGUUUACAGGAGUUUCAGAAGAACAAGCAGAAGCAGGCAGAGAAAGCACUGCAGGAGUUGAAGGAUUUGCUGUCAGGGGGGAGGCAGCGACAGGAAGAGGCUGUAAAGACAAAGGAAGCAGAACUGAGGCAAGCAAUGGACAUCCCAAGAGAGUACUGGCCAGCCCCUGAGAAAUCUCUACGGGAAGUCCUGGAAAACAUACACAGACAACUCAGUAGCAUGCAGGGGACAGUGACCCGCAGCCAAAACCUGGAAGAUGAAGAGCUGGUGAGAAGGGCAUCUGGAGGGCUGGCCCUGCAGGGAAUUUACAAAUCCAGCAACCAAGGAGACCUGAUCAAGAAGAGAGAGGAACUGAUCAGACUCCCAAAAAAUUUCUCCCUCUUUGGUCCUGAGCAGGGCACCCGAAUGGAAACAAAAGAAUUUUCAUCUUCUCAAGCAGAAUCUGAAUUCACCCAAACUAUUGAGAAGCUGGGCUUCAGUGCCACAGCCUCAGCCAAGGGUGGAGGUUGGGGUUUCAGCAUGGAAGCGGGCAUGGACCAGAGUCAACAUUCGGAAUCCCAAAAGAGUCAGCAGUCACGUUCUGAGGACUCUUAUUUCUGCACAACCAAGUUCAGCUACAUGCCAUUGGCCUCAUGUCACUUUCCCAUUGACCAGCUCCAGUUCUCCAAGGCUGCUCUCCAAGAACUGAAAUGUAUUGAAGACCUCCUGGGACCACCUGAAGGUCCAGACACACUGCCCUUGGUGAGGCGCAGGACGGAGGCCUUCUUCCACAGGUUUGGCUCUCAUGCUAACCAGGGCCCUCUGCACCUGGGAGGAAUCUACUGGUGGAAGGCUGUUUCAGAGGGUUUCAAAUGUGAGCAACUGGCAGAAGUGAAACAGCAGUCAGCAGAGGCUCUGGAUAUUUACAUAAUGGGCAGCUACAGUGGCUUUGGAGUGAACAUUGCGGCAGGUGUGGACAUUUCCGACUCUCAUGCAAAUGUGACGUGUCAGAGAAGUAGCUUCCCAAACCUCCAAACCAAAGUCCAAUUAUCAGUGGCUCAGACAGGUGGACCACCAGAGGCGGAUGGCUUUUCCCAGUGGAAAUCGGGGCUUGUUGCCAACAAUCAAACCUGGUGCGUCAUUGACCGGGGGCUUCAGCUGGUGCCCAUUUGGGACAUCAUCAUCUCCAACCACAGAAGUGAUUUUAAGGAUCCUCUUCGGCUGGCUAACUGCCUAAUAGACAGUUACACUGCACUAACUGGCCUCACGGCUCAGAUUCAAAGUGGAGAGGAAUUCCUUACUGCUGACAAGGAAAUAAGGGUUUUCCUAGAGGAUGUGAAAUCUUGGGAUGUAUCUGAUCCCGAAGAGCAACUGGGAACACUGAUAGAUUUCAUGCAAACUUUGAGUCAGAAAGUUAGAAGUUAUGACACCUGGAUUAACAUGUGCCUCACAGAUUGCAACUUGCAGAAUUUUCUGGUGGACACUUUCAACUUCUGCAAGGAGUCUUCCCAUCUUGAUAUUAAGUUUAUUACAUCUCAGUUGCGUACUCUUCUGGAUCCUCACAUCUACAAAGUGAAAAAUUUCUCUCAAGCUCAUUCCAUCAUGCAGUGGAUCUUCGGACCAGAGUCAUGCCACGAGCAAGUCUACAUCUCUCAAUUAUCUGAAUUAACUCAAAUCUUAAAGGAGACUCAUAAGGCCCUCGUGGAAUUGCAGGCCAACGCUGAUUCUCAGGAAUCAAUUGAGGAAGCUCAAAGAAAAGCUACUUAUAAGAUCAGCUCAUCUCUCCAGUCCUUCUUGGAUAACCUUCGGGAAAUGGGGCAGCUGGACACACAUCUCUUGCUACUUUCCAUUGCAGCUGGGGCAGGUUACCGCAUGGUGCACAACACUUUUCAGUAUCUGCUGGGGUGUGAUGAGGUAGGCUACCUGCUGCAUGAAAUGGAAAGUGUUCAUGAUAAAUACCACGAGCUGAAAAUUAUUUGCAGUUAUGGGGCUCAGGCUUUCCUGGUGCUCACGGGUCUGACAGCCACAGUAGGAAUUGGAGCGGUUUCUCCAGAGAAGAAAGCAGAACGGUUAGCAUUCCUGAGAGAACGCAUUGGGCGAUCCAUGUCUAAAGAAGUUGAAUGUGUCCUCACCAAAUUUGGGGCAGAUCGUGAUUGGGAAAACCUGGAGAAAGACUUGAGACAGCUGGUUGAUGGGAAUUACGAUGUUGCUGUGUCUUCUUUGCAAAUGGAUGAGGUGAUAAAGCAAUUAAGAGGUCUCUGCAGUGGAAAGAGACAGCCCCAAGAGGCAGAUCACAAUGAAAAUAACAAAACCGAAGGGAUCAGAAAUGAAGCCUUCCGAAAUUUGCUUCAGCGUCUAGGCCUAGAACAGUACUACCCAAAGAAGAUGGGCAGAGCGAACUUUCAUCUCAUCUACAAGGCCUCUGUGUUUAACACCCAGCCCAGCUGUGAAGGAGAGCUUCCCUUCUAUUUUCUGCAGAAGCUCCUGAUGCUUGACUAUAAUCUGAGAUACCUGGUCUUCAAAGCUGGUGAGAACACAAAAGACUCUGUCUCUGCAGGUGCCUCAAGCUCUGAAAAUGAAGCUUUUGACCUAUAUGAUGAAAUCUUUGAAGACAUUGACAAUUCCAGUAAUACUUUAGCCCUUGAUCAGAAGCACAUUCACCCAAUGGAUAUUCAGAUGGCGAUUUAUCACUGUGCAGAUGACUUUUCCAGACAAUAUGUUUUUGCCAAACUUUCCGUUUGUCAGUUUGCUCUUCCUCUUUUGGUACCAAAUCCCUGCACUUCCCAACUUGAAUUCUCUCUCUGGUCUCUCGGUCAGAUCAGAAGAAGUUGGCAGCAAGCAGAAAAAUCAGUCCACGAGAAGAAGAGCAAUUACAAGAACCAGCAGAUAUGUGCUGUAUGUACACCCAUUGUGUCCUUCCUUCGAGUUGGAAAUAGCUUCUCUGCCUCCAAAUCUCUGAUCAUGAACUUGCUUGUCAGUAAACGGAAACAUGAUGUCUUUUUCCACCGACACUGCACAGGGAGCAGCAGAGACUGUCUCUUGAUGAGGGGUGUGGUGGAAAUCUGCUGGUUCUGUCCAGGUGGCGAAGAGGAGGACAGAUUUGACAACUGUGUGACGUUCACCAAUCUCCACGGUGAUGCAAAGGACCACAAACAACAGCUCCUUUUCUUGCAGGAAAUAUCUUCUCUCAUUGUGAUCCUCAUGUCAACAUCUGAUAGCAAUAAUGAAAACCGAAAAGUUGUUCGUGAUUUGUGGCAGUCCUCAAAGCCUCUGAUCUGUUUGCUUGAUGACAAAGAAAAAACCAUGGCCAAUAAUGCCAGCCAGAAAGUGAGAAUUGGGAUCAAAAAUAGAAAUGAGGCCGAAUUAACAGACGAGCUCAAAUGUACAAUCAGACGCUUGCUGGCGCUAUCAGAUAAGGCACUCAGCUUACAGGACUGUGCUCAAAUUGCUCACCAGCAAGGGUUCCUAAUAGAUGAAGACCAGAGAGAUUGUAAAGAAGCCAAAGGAAAGGCACAAGCACUCCUUGCGCUCUUGGGAGAAACAAAGUUGUCUAAGAUGAAGGAAAACUUACUGCCCCUACAAGGACAGCUCUGGCACCUUUGGUGUAAGAAGGAUAAAGAACUCUAUCAUCUGAGAGAAAAAGGAAACAGGAGCAUUGAGCAACACAAGAGUGACAUCGAGACAGAAAAACAACGAAUACGGCAUGAGCAGUUGGCCAAAGCCUUUCCUCUGAAUGAUUUAAUGCGAUCUGUCCUGGAAAUCCUCCAAGAAAAUUCUGAAACUCACACCAAACUUUACUUCCUGCAGUGGCUGAGUGUGUUUUUGACCAACCUAACCAUAGAACCCUUGGAGAAACUGCGUGAGAAGCAAAGCUCUUUGUGGGCACAGCUUCAAACAGAAAAGCAAAAAGUCCCAAAGAGUCGCUCCCUCAGAAGCUUGCAGAAUACUAUCGAAGCCAUCUGCAAAGAGAUUAAUGAUUGUAGCUUGGGAACUGAGCACCUUCUCAGAGAAGUGGGACAGAUCUAUGAAGCACUAGAGGAAGUUUCCUCCACAAAAGAUGCCCUUUUCCUCUCCCUUCCCCAAAUAGCUGCGGACCUGAUGAUAGCAGGGGCUGCUGUUGAGCUGAUGGAUGGAGAAGCAUCCUAUGUCCCUCUGAAAUGGGUGGCAGCGGUUUUCGACAAGGUCUCUGAGAAACUUGGUAACAAAAAAGUGUUUGUUCUCUCUAUUCUUGGCCUACAGAGUUCAGGGAAAUCUACUCUGCUGAAUGCGCUUUUUGGGCUGCAAUUCACGGUCAGUGCAGGGAGGUGCACCCGGGGGGCCUAUAUGCAGCUUCUGAAGGUGGACGAGCCAUUCACAGAAGAACUCGGCUUUGACUUUAUGCUUGUUGUGGACACAGAAGGACUUCGGGCCCCGGAACUCUACAACAAGUCCCAGAAUCGGGAUAAUGAGUUAGCAACCUUCGUCAUUGGACUGGGAAACUUGACUCUCAUCAAUAUUUUUGGAGAGAACCCAUCAGAGAUGCAGGAUAUUUUACAAAUAGUUGUCCAGGCCUUUCUCAGGAUGAAACAAGUUAAAAUCUCCCCUAGUUGCCUGUUUGUGCAUCAGAAUGUGGGGGAAGUUACAGCUAAAGACCAAAUGAUGGAAGGACGGAGACGGCUGGAGCAGAGACUAGAUGAAAUGGCAGCAAUAGCAGCUGAACAAGAACAGUGCUCAGAUGUGACCCGAUUCAGCGAUGUCAUUAAGUUUGAUGUCAAUAAUCACGUCUACUACUUUGCUCACCUCUGGGAUGGCAACCCUCCAAUGGCCCCUCCCAAUCCUCGUUACAGCCACAAUGUCCAAGAACUGAAAAGCAGAAUUAUUAGGACUGCCAAAGAGGAAUCCAGGGGUAGCAUCAUGAAAUUAUCAGAAGUGAAAUAUCGAGUUCAGGAUUUGUGGAGGGCCCUAGUGAAUGAAAACUUUAUUUUCAGCUUCAGGAAUACCAAAGAGGUCAUGGCCAUGAGCAAACUGGAAACCAUGUAUAACCGCUGGACCUGGUUGCUGAGGAGUGAUGUACUAGAGUUGCAGAACACGUUGACCAACCAGAUUCAGAAUGGGAAAAUCCAGAUCAUCAAAAUGAGCACAAUCGAGGCACCAGUGACAGAAAAAUAUGGAGCCAUCCAGCUAGAGCUUGAAAAGUUCUUUACUGAAGACCCAGAUAAUGAAAUACUGGUUCAGUGGAGAGCUAAUUUUGAGCAUAAAUUGAUGAUGCUUAAAGAGGCCCUUCUUUCAGAAAGCAAAAGAAAAGCUGAAGAGCUUAUUUCUUUAAAGAAAAGCCAAGAAAAACUGGAUGCAAAGAAGUCAGGUUAUGAAAUGGAAUUAUUGGAAAGAAGCCGAAGGUUGGCUUUAACUGUCAAAGACAAAGAACUGAGUGAGAAAGAGCUGCAUGAGAAAUUCAAUCAGCUUUGGGAAAAAUGGGUCUAUGAUGUAGCGUCAAAUGCCCCUCCACACACGGAGCCUGACAUUGAUGUGGAUUGUGAAAACAUUAUUUUGGAGUAUUACAAAAAGGAGAUAGAUGUGGCAAGCAGCCUAAAGAGUAAUUUCAGCCAAAUAUUUGACAUCAAUUAUGAUAAACAUAUCCAAAUGAGCAGGAGUUGGGGAUUGAAAAAGACAUUGGAGGUCCAGGAUAAAGAGUGCAUAAAUAUGAUGACUGAAAGCAUUUUGUCAAGGUUUCAUGAAAUUAUUCACAACAUUGGAAGGCAACAAUGUGGUUACAAUCCAAGUUAUUUCCAUGAAAUCUUGGGAAUGAUAGAUGAGAAGGUGACAUCUGCGCCCACUGAGAAUAGAUAUGUAUUCACAAAUGCAUAUAAGAUUGACUUGUCUUUGUGUUUGUUUCAAAGAGCAACAGAGAAAUUUAAGCAGCUGCACAAGGCAUUUCAGAGAGCAAAUGAUCCUGUGCACUACCUGGAAAGCAAGAAAGAUGACUUCUUCAUGAGUUUUCAGAUCUCUUGCCAAGGAGCCACCUCUGUCAAAGCAUUUGUUGAUUUUCUGUGGCAGAAACUCACUCCUGCUGCCUCCACUGCCAUAUUGAAAAAAUUGGCCCAUCAAGUCGCUGGGGACAUGAGGGCUAACACCCCUGCAUUCAAUGAAAAUAGAGCAAACCUGGAGAAGCACAUUCUUAUCUCUCUGGCAGAAGAAGAAAACUUUUCUAAAUACUGGGAGUACAUUCAUAAGCCACAGGAAUUUUUUAAUACUUACAUUGAACAGCAGAUUCAAAGAUACUGCUCAGAAAACAGUGGUGACCGAAUAAAGAUAUUUUUAAAAAUCACUGUAGAUGACAUUAAGGGCAUCAUCCGCAAAGCCAUUCGUGAAUCCACUGCAGUAGCCAAGGAUAAGAGCAGCACUGCAUCUGAAUGGUUGGAUCUGUUCUGUGAUCACUUGAAAGAUAAUUUGGUGUUUCCACGAAAAGCCCUGGUAAGCAUUGAACACCAAGAAAUCCAAGAUACUGAAUUUCUCAAGGAGGCCAUGAGUAAAGCCUUGGAUCCCACAAUGGACAGAAUAGAACAGGACUCUCUGACUAUUGCUAUAGAACAAAUCAUUCCUGAAAUUAGAAAUUUUCUCUCUGUACAUCUCUGUGGCUGCUGGAAACAGUGCCCCCGCUGUAAGGCAAUUUGUACAAACACAAUUUCUACACAUGACGGAGACCACAGUGUUCCCUUCCAUCGUCCUGGGGCUGUCAAUGGAUUUCACUGGUAUCUAACAAAUCACUUUAGCAUUGACUGCUGUACCACUAUGGUAGCCAGUGACUAUUACUUGUUUUUGAGUGAUGGCAGGCAAGUCCCAUUUAAGAACUACCGGCAGGCAGGAGGGGAUUAUGCUACAUGGAGCAUUACCCCGGAUUCAUCCUCCCAGCCCUACUGGAAAUGGUUUAUAUGUCAUUUCAGACAGAAUCUUGAACAAAAAUAUGGGUAUAGAUUCUCAGACAGAGGUCAAAUCCCUAGUGCCUGGACCUAUAUCACAAAGCAGCAAGUGAUCCAUGACUUGAAAAAUCAGUAAUAUUCAGGGACUACAAAGAGGCUCUACAAUCUGAACAAGGGAGCCACAGGGCUGAAAAAAUAUCUUAUAACACUUCUGCCUGAGAAUGAACACCUUUUGAGAUCUCUUCUAAAAUAGAGUCCCUAAAUAUCCAUCAAUAAAUAAAUCUAGAGUUCAAAAUUCCCAAUAGAAAUGAGACAGACUAGAGCUUUCAAGGACCAUCGUGACCAACUGACCAUUCAAUUACUGACCCCAGCAAACAGAUCAGACUCAAGAAAACAGAAUAGGCUCAUUGUAGGGUUGGCCACCCUAUUUACUACUCCCAAGAUGUUUUUCUUUCUUUAUUCUUCUUUCUACUUAGCUGUUUGUAGAAACUUAGCUAAGAAACAGCUUUAAGCAGUUGCAUGUCUUUGCCCAGGAAAAAUCCUACUGACUUCAGCUUCCCCAGACCAAAAGCAUUCAUAUCAAGACACCAAAAGCUACCGGACACAUGUCAAAGAUGCCCAUUGGUUUCCGCCCAGACAUCUUUCCAAAGCAAGGAGUCUGGCAGCUUCCAUAAGAAAAGCUCACCCAAUCCCUGAUGAAUCUUUCUUCCGUGAUCGAACUGAUUCUGACUCAUACUGUCCUUAUAGAACAGGGAAGAACUACCCCUAUGGGUUUCCUAAAGGGCACGGAAGUAGAAAAUGUCAUCAUUUUCCCAAAGAGCAGCUAGUGGUUUCACACUGCUGACCUUGGAGUUAGCAGUCCAACAUGCAACACACUAUGCCACCAGGGCUCCUACUCCUAAAGAGUAGAUUGAAAUUCCCAGAAAUAAAGUGAAUAUGUCUACUUCCCUUUUUCUCAUAGGCAUUGAAGAUUCCUGCACCAUUGGCUCCAGGAGACAGUGUAUUGAAAGCUAUCUCCCUGCCGUCUUAAUUGUUGCAAGCAAUAAAGUAUGCUCUGUUCUAGGUCCACAGAACUCUACAAUAUUCUUAUGUUGAGGACAAAUGACAAACUAACUGUUUCUGACGAUAAAAGACUUCAUUUUUAUCCACUCAAUUCCUUCUGGUUUAAAACCCAACUACUAAUGCUAAAUAGGUGUUGGAGAUUAUACAACAAUACACAUAUGUACAAAUACAGGUAUGGUUGUGGAUAGUUCUACAUAAAUAUCUGUAAAUAGUGCAUGUAUACACGACUCAAAUAUAAACACAUAUAUAAAUACAUAUAAUAAAAAACAUAAGACACACAGCCAUAGAAACUAUUUAGACAUCUGAGCAAAACUACUUGUCUCUUCUCACCUUGAGCACAGGAGAAUUAAGAAAGUCAAAGACUCAAAGAUGCAGUUUGUCAGCCCACCUGAGCCAUAACCUCCUCAUCCUGAGACCAGAACUAGAUCAUACCCGGAUCCUAGGACAAAAGUCUCUAAUCAAAAUGAAAAUAGAAGGUCCUGAUUUAAAAUAAGGGAAAAAAUAGAAUGAAAUUGAAAUUUUUAAAAAGACCAGAUAGUCCAGUCUGAAAGAGACUAGAGGAACCCCAGAGAGUAUUAUCCUAAGACAUCCUUCUUACUUGAAAUUAAAAGCACUCCUGGACACCACCAAAUAACAGGUGGGCUUGUAAAAUAAACAAUAACCCCCUUGAAGAAUGUGCUCCUCAGAACAAGACUUAAAGAGCAACUUUAAAAAAGAGAGAGAGAGGAAAAGACAAGGCAGGAAGAGAACCCUGACCAAUAGAAGCAGGGAACCUAGGGAGGAAAUAGGGAGAGACCUAACACGGUGUGGGGAUUGCAACCAAUGUCAUGAAACAAUUUGUGGAUGAACCAUCGACUUAGAAAACUAAUUUGCUAUGUAAACUUUCAUCUAAAGCAUAAUAAAACAUUAAA